CAAGUACCGACGUCACCGUCCGUCCGCACGACAACAGACAACAUCGACAAGCGUCAUCGCAAUUCACAGCGGUUUGUCCUUAAUUCGGAUUGUUAAAUUGUUUUCGGUUCUCUUGCGUUCACCAUCGUGGACACAUUCCAAAAAAAGACGCAAGACGCCGAUGUGGAUUCUUGUCGGUUGACGUUCCGACUGUUCCGUUUUUCUCCUCCGGCGACCUGCUAUAGUGAAGAGACUAUCCGAACUUCAACAUGUAUCUAAAGACAUGGAAAGAAUUCGAGACCGCCUCGUACAAUCUGCUCCUUAAAGAUCCGACCAGGGUCAGAUGCACUAUGAAAUAUUGUCAUAGCGAAUCAACUGUGCAAUUAAAAGUUACAGAUGAUAUUUCGUGCUUGCAGUUUAAAACUUCAGAUAUACAAAAUGUAAAGAAAAUCGAAGUAUUUUAUGCUACAAUUAUGAAACAAAUAACAUCUAAUGAACUUUGAAAUUUGAAUCAAAAAAUAUUUAUUUUAAAUUCUGUAAGUUUAUUUUAAUUGUGAAAAUAUUUAAAAUGUAUAAUUGUGAAAGUACUUAUUGUUGUAACAUCAAAAUAUACAAAAAAAAAGUAUAUAAAUCACAAAAUGUAAGAACAUUCCAAACAAAAACACAUGAUACCAUAUUAUAGAAGUUGCCUUAUUAUUUGAUGACUUAAUAAUUUUGAAUAAUUCUUUAUUACUUAAAUUGGGAAUUUGAUACUUUAAAAACAGCAAAAUCGUGCUCAAAUUAAAAUAAAAUCAAACUGUAAUUUUGUUUUCAUAAUGCAAUUAAAAAAUGUAUUAUACAUUUAAUUUAUUUACAAAUGCAGUGUAAUUACUAAUUUAAUUUCACUGUUAUUGAAUAAACAAGACAGAAAUUAAUAAAUAAUUAGGUAACUAAUUUAUAUAUUUUUGUUUACCUAGUUAGCUUGGUAAUCUUAAGACUGACUUUAUUUUCAUAAAAUCUGUUCUAAAAGUGUAAUUUAACUUAUGGCAGCAUCCCAAAUCUACUAAUAAAAUAUUUAAAAAGUAUGUCUUAUCUGCAUUUGUUGUUUCCGUCUAAUUAACACGUAACAUACUAUAUUUUAAAUUUAGCAUAAUUUAUUUUACUCUGUUAUUUUUAAUUUUAGAAUGACAAUCCAUUAUACAUUUUAAAAGUAAGAAUAUUAUUUAAUAUAUUUGACAAUGUAAAAAGAAUAAAACACAAUAACCUAUGAUACAAUUAAAGAUUUUUUUUUAAUCACUGCUCUGCUAGUAUAAUAUAAUACUACAUAUAAAGAUAAUAAGUUUAAACAUAAUUAAUUUAAUUGUGUUUUGGUACUACAUAGUUUAGUUUUUUUUUUAAAAAAACUGAACCUUGUUAUUAUAUAACUUGUUCUGCUAUUUUUUUUGUAUAAAAUAAUUUCAGUAUUUAUUUUAUAAAACCCAUUUCAAUAUAAAACAUUGUUUUCGUGUUUCAUAAUUUAGUCAAUACUCAUUAUCCCUACAAUCCUACAAUUUUUCUGUGUAAUACUUGGAAUUUUUAUUUUUGAUCCCUCAAAGAAUUAACUAGAUAUAAUUUUCUACCAGAAAUCUACAUCAGAAUAUUCAAGAUUUCUUACUGCUUCAAAAGGUGAUAAAAAAUCAUCAUUGUAAAACUAAUAAAUUUAGAUUAAAAAUAUAUAUUAUAUAAUUUUAUUUUAUAUGUAUAAUAAUAUGUAUUACAUUAUAGAGUUAUGAGUAUGAAAUAUUUCAAAUUUUAAACUAUUACCCUUCAUGAAUUAUUGAAAAAUAUAUUUUUUUAAACUGUU